AUGUCGGACGCAGCAUCGGGGACCGUCUUUGCCCUCAUCCACGACCUCCACCGCACAGUCACCACCGCCAUCGACACCGCCCUCGACUGGGACCAGCUCAACAGCCCCCCCAUCAACUACACCCUCGUCCGCCCACUCGUCCUGCGCUAUGCCCCCAAGCUCGACGAGGACAGAUACAAUAGUAACGGAUCGAGCAUCGUCGUGCCCCCCAACCAGGGUGGCGAGCUCGGCGUCGACAGGUCUGCACCCAUUCCCGCCAGCGGCCCAUCGCUCGGGCAGGUCCUCUACGCGCUCAUGGCCAAUCGCAUCCAAUUCAUUACUCUGUCGGCUGGGGAUCUGAGCUCAGCUAUGGUAGAGUCGACCCGUGCCACCUUCUGCGAGCUGCUGGCAAUCAGGAUCCUCAGGGCCUAUCCUAAUGUCCAAGAUGAAGCUGCCUUGGUGGGAGAGCUCGUCCAUGCUCAUUGCGCCUUUGAUGGAGCCCCCGACGAGAUCUGGGAAAGCUUGGGCGAGGAUAGGAAAGAUGUCGAAGAGAUGACCAGUAGCGCUCUCGAGCUCGCAAUCGUAUCAACCUCCAAAAACUUUGACGCAUUGCCCCUGAUCCAACACCUCAUCAAACUCAUCUACUCGGGCCAACUCAUCUACUCUCCCGAGUCUUCCCGUUCAAUCAUUUCCGACUCUUACGUCUCUGAGCGUACACGCCAAAAGCGUCGGAUCUCACCAGACAGAGCGGGCAACUCUGGCUUUGGGUCAGUGUACAGCCAUACCCAUAGUCAUGCUGGGGAUCAGGAAGAGCUCAAAGAGGUCUACAUGUACAACCCGUACGAGGCUGGGUGGCUAGACCAUUCGAGGUUGAAAGUGCCCAAGUGGAGAAAGAGUAUGGAGUUUGCGAGCUUUGCCAUUCUUCUGGUUCUGUUUGUGGCUACUCUGGCUUGGAGAGACUUGCACCAGAUUGCUGUGGUCGAGAUCGUCUACAUGGUAUUCUCUUUCGGAUUCAUGCUCGAUGAGUUUGCUGCGUCCAAGGAGCACGGCUGGUCCGUGUAUGUGGCGAACGCUUGGAAUGCUUUCGACCUUUCCUAUAUUGCCAUUUUCUUGGGCUACUUUGUGCUCCGUAUCCUUGCGCUUGUAUCUCACUCGCCCAAGACGUCUGAUUUGGCUUUUGAUAUUCUUGCCUGUGCGGCUUGUAUCAUCUUUCCCAGACUUGUCUUUUUUGUCAUCAAAGAGAAUGUCGUGAUUCUUGCUCUGCGAGGGAUGGUGACCACGUUCCUUCGCUUCAUGCUUGUCACCAUUGUCGCAUUCAGCGGGAUCUGUUUCUGUCUCUGGACGCUUGGCCGGGAGACAUGGACCGUCAGACAAAUCGUCUGGCUCAUGGCACAAAUCUGGUUCGGCUCGUCCAACUUGGGUUUCUCCUCCAGCGAAUCAUUCCACCCCGUCUUUGGCCCCAUCAUCCUCCUCUCCUACGCCGCCCUCUGCAACGUCCUCCUGAUCACCAUGCUCAUCGCCAUCCUCUCUGCCAAAUUCGCCGCCAUCAACCAGAAUGCCCAGCAGGAGCACCUCUUUCAGCGCGUGGUCAAGACUGUAGAGGGUGUCAAGAGCGAUGCGCUGUUUUCGUAUCUUCCGGGUAUCAAUAUCUUGGCUUUGGGUGUGUUGGUGCCGAUCAGUUGGGUCGUUUCGGCGAGGACGUUGCAUAGGGUGAAUGUGUUUGCUAUUCGCUUGACUAGCUUCCCUAUCCUCAUUUCCAUAUCGGCUUACGAGCGAUACUCGUAUCACGCCAAGCAGAGGUCGAUCCAUCUGCGCAGCUCGACUAUGGACCGUGUCUCGGACGUCCAGAGGAUCGGUCUGCUCGACUCGUGGCUUGGAGGAGGCUCCGAAGUCCUCAUCGCUUCCGUCUUUGAACUCGGCCCUCCCGUUGCCCCCAAAGACAGCGACAGCCAAAGCGGCUUUACAACUCCCAAAGCUCUCGGUCUGACUUCUCUCCCCACGACCGACGAACCGGGGACCAUGACCCAGGCCGAGGAAGCCAAGCUCAAGCAGGCUCAGCAGGCUCAGCAGGUGCAGAAGAAGAAGAAGAAGGAUGCAAAGAAGGAAAAGUCGUACGACUCUCCCCUUGCUAAAUUGUUUGGUCGGCCUUCCGUCUUUGCUUCGAGUGAUGAGUCGCCGACCAAGGCGGCAGCAGGUGGGAAGAGUGUAGGGGAGAAGGAGGAGGAGAUUGUGGAGAAUCUGGCCAACAAGGAGGAAGUGGAGGCGCUCAAGAAAGAGCUGGAGACUGUGAGAGAGAGUCAAUUGAGGAUGGAAGAGAUGCUGGCCAACGUCUUGGCUGGCAAGGGCGCGUGAUGACUUGCAUGAGGACGAGGUGUUGUGUAUCAAAGCAGCUGACGAAAUCUCCAACGACGUGUUCAACUUCAAACCAAAUAGACGAAAUAUUCAAGAUAUCUUACGAAAAUUGUGUAUCCAAUCAAAGAUGUAUCCAAAUGUGCAG